AUGAGCCAAGCGACUUCGACCGCAAGCACCGAGUGCUUCUUCAACGGCUGCACCAACAGCGUCAUGCACGGCUCGUGGAAGUGCGAGUUCCACAAGAACCGCGCCAAGUGCACCGGGUCGUCUUCGUGCCACAACCAGGUCUUUGCUCGCAACCUCUGCGUGCGCCACGGCGGCAAGAAGCCGUGCAUUCACUCGGGCUGCACGGGCAACGCGCGCAUUGGCAACUACUGCUCGCGCCACGGCGCGUCGACCUCCAAGAAGAUGUGCACCGAAGAGGGCUGCACCAAGGUCGCCCACGCCCGCCAAAAGUGCGUGCGCCACGGCGGCGGCCGGCGCUGCCGCAUCGACGCCUGCGAAGCGCACGCGCGCAAUGGCGGCUUCUGCUUUCGCCACAGCCGCCUCCAGGCCGCGGGCUUUUUCCUUGAAGGAGCGCCCGCGCCGAGCUUCAUGAGCCUCAUGCCCAUCGCCAAGGACGAAGCGACGCCGGUGAUGCCGAGCUACGAGUGGAAGCCCAUGAUGGACGGGACCGAGUCGGACGAGAUGCUCAUGGAGAUCUUCCUCGGGAAGGCGACGCCGGCACUGCACACGUUCGACCUGCUACCGCACGAAGACGUCUUUAGCCACGAAGCCUUCUUCGACCCGAUGAUGUCGCUCGUCGACAUUGACGGCAUCCCCGUCGGCACGUGGAUUUAAGCCUCGACACAGUUCUUAUUUAUGAUUCUUAUACACCAACUUGUCCUCUGCAAUGUC